AAGACCAUCCUGUUCCUUGGCGCAACAGGCGCCUCCGGCCCAGCAGUCCUGCGCCGCAGUCUCGCCGCUAGUCACACCUGCAUUGCCCUCUGUCGCACGCCUUCCAGCCUGAAAGCUAAGCUUAGCAAAGCCGAGCAGAAAGACCUAGCCCUGCGUAUCGAGCAAGGCAACGCGCACGAGGUCGAGGACCUGACGCGCUGUCUCGUUCUCCCUAGCAGCAGUCCAUCCAGCCCGCCUAUGCUCGUCGGCCUGGUCGUGUUCUGCAUUGGCGGCGCUUUGGACCUGUGGUGCCGGACUAUACCCGACCCCAAGGUGUGCGAGACGGCCAUAGCGCGGCUUCUGGAGGCGCUCGACCUAUACCGUGCCCAGCAGUCGGCCGAGCACAAGCAAUACCCGCGCAUGGUGGCCUUCAGUACCACGGGCGUCACCGAAACGGGCUGCGAAGUGCCCCUCGCCGUCGCGCCGCUGUACCACUUCUUCCUCGGCGUGCCGCACGUCGACAAGCGCGCCAUGGAGAAGACGCUCGUCGCGUCCACCGAGCGCUGGACCAUCCUCCGCCCCAGCUUCCUCACUGACGGCCCAGAGACCGGCCGCCCCAUCCGCGUUGGCGUUGAGGAUCGUCUGGCUGGCACCGUCGACAGCCGCGAGAUCGGCUACAGCAUCUCCCGCGAGGACGUGGGCAGGUGGGUCUUUGGGAACAUCGUCGAGGAACACGACAAUCGCUUC